UAUUACACUUUCCCAUUCCCAUGAUGAUGACGAGUGUGAACAAAAAUGUCUCGACUUAGUUCUAUUUUUCUGUUACUUUUAUCGCUUUUAGCGAUUGUCUUCUGUGACGAUCCUUUUGCUGUUAAUACUGCCGAGUUUACCGAUAACACAAAUGCAGUAUUUACUGACGGCGGCCCAGCAGACGGGAUUAUUGCGGCGUACGGAGAUAUUGAUUCCAAUAAAUUGACUGAUGUUUUUGUCCUUCGACAAGAUGGUCAUAUUAUGGAUGUUUAUUACCAGUUGACAGAUGGCUCCGAUACAACUUUAUCAAAGUCCAUCCACAACUUGUCAAUCAAAAGGGAUAAUGACACGAUAACCAGCGUUGUUCCUGGGGAUUUUGAUGGCGAUUCACAGAUGGACGUUUUGCUAACGACAAAACAAAAUGGAAAAGUAUUUGAUACAACUGCUCCUACAUCAGUAUUUGUUUACUGGGGACAGACCAGAAAUUUCAAACUAGACCCAAUUACAACAGUAUCAACAACGUUCCAGGAUCAACCAUUGAUGAUGGAUUUUGAUGCUGACAUGAUUCCUGAUUUGUUUGGUGAGGACGUAGAUGGGAAGAGGCAGUUUUGGCAUUGCAAUGACACCACGAAGCGGACUUUCCAAAGCACAGAGAUCAAGGGAGAUCACGACCCACUACGUAUUCCCAACUCAAACUCCUUUCUGGAUAUGACGGACAACUAUGCACCUGACCUCAUUGUGACCUCCAUGUCUAAGGGCAGAGGUCAAUUUGAACAAUGGGAACUUUUUGAUCAGCGGCAGUCAUGGAUACAAACUGAUCUGUAUGCAAUACCAGCAGGCAACUUCAAGCAUAUUGGACAAUCAGCAUUUGCUGAUAUGGGUUCUAAAGGUAGAUUGGACCAUCUUCUUCCAGUUUGUGAAGACGAGGCGUGCACAAAGAGCUAUAUUUACAUCAGAAGAGGCGGAGAAAAGAGUUGGAGCUUGUUUUAUAAUCUGCAAGAGGAGCUUCUGAACUGGGGAUUUGUGCCACCACAAGUUCAGGUCGCCCAGUGGGCUAAUGUACCCAUUACCCUUAGGAUAGGAGACACUAAUAUGGACAGCUACCCGGAUAUCAUGUGCGUCUUGCGUUCGGGGACUAACAGUACUGCUGUGCGUCGUGUGGUUUUACUGGAGAAUAAAGAAGGAAAGACACUGUCACCAGAUUGGGAUAUUGAUGCGCUCAAUGCCAUUAAGACACCUGUUCUUGCAACCUUCUUGGACUUAACACGAUCGGGUGUGUUAGACAUCAUGGUUGUGAACCAGACUAAACCAGAUCAACAGCCUCAGAUAUGUGUGAUUAAGAACAACUUUGUUUUUGAUGCGUACUCUGUCAAAGCUCAUGUUUUGAGUGGCCUCUGUUUUAAUGACUGUCCAGAACUAGAUUCAAAGCCAUUUGGUGUCAAUCAACCCGGUCCAUUCAUUUAUUAUAAAACAACCAGCUCCACUGGCAAGCUGCAAUGUGGUGCAUCAACACAGCUAUCCCAGUCGGCAUAUUUCUCCCUGCAACUUCCUUACAUCAUCCUGGGUCUUGGUCCAAAUCCAAACUACGUUGAUUCUUUAACAGUGAGCAUUGCAGGCGCAACAAAACGAGACACACCGAACACAAGACAGCACACUUGGAUGUCGAUCAUCCCAAACUCAGAGCUGAUAGCAAUUCCAUAUCCCCCUGACGAACCUGAGGAGUGGACGAGUGUCCUGUUAAUUACCCCUGGUAGAUCCGUUCUAUUGACCGGUGGCGUUCUUAUAGGAACCUGUGUAUUUAUGGCAAUCGUAGUUGGCGUACUCCAACUUCUAGAAAAGAGGGAAGAUGAUCGAGAAAAGAGACAGGAGUCUCACCGAUUCCAUUUUGAUGCGAUGUAAAAACCAUUCCCCAAAACCAGAAGCAAUCAUUCCCUUAUAUUUUGAUUCGUCUAUCAACGUGAGACUUAUUUCAGCUGCACCUUCAUGUAAAGUUUACCAAAGCAUGAUAACUUUACAAUAUCGCGAGGACUUGCCAUUUAGCUUUGAUUUCUCCAGUUCUCUCCUUGGUAUUCCCAAAUACAUGUCAUCUUCUUUGUUCCUGCCCAACUCUUUUCCCCCCCCCCCCCCCCUAUGUCCGUCUGUAGUCUUGUGAUGUGCAAUCUAGUCCAUAUGUUUUUCUGUCUCGCUUGUUUCUGUUGUUUUACCGGUAGUUUAUACCCUGUUGUUAUUUAGUUUAUAUCUUUUGUAUGCUAAAGCCUACGGUUGUUGAAAUGUUUUAUAUAAUAUAUGUAUUAUGUUGUGCAUUUAAAAUAUGGAAAACUAACAUCUCUAAAACGAAAUGAAAUUAAAAAUGAUAAUGUCACACUUCCGUACACGUUGUCUGGGGAAUAAAAUCAUACCAACGGUGGCCAUUUUGUUUAGUUCCAAAGGUACGAACUGAUUAUUCAACACUGAAAGUUAAACCAAAGAACAGACCAGACUUCUCCCGUCGCUUUAGUUACUAUUUUUCUUUAUUUGCCAUUUUAAGAAACAGACAAAAGUUGCAAUUGUCUAAACUGUAAAAGUACGGAGUUUUUUGUAUAUGUAAUUUGAAUAUUUUGUACAUGGUUACCUGUCGCCUUUUUCUUUGUAUAAUUAGUAAUACUUUAACAUAAUAGGCUUAGUAAAUCAAUUAACGGCACAUCCAUUUCAAUACCUUUCCACUUUCCUAAAAAUAAAAAGAGCUGUAUGAUAAUUCUUUAAUACUACUAUUGUUAUUUAUCAAGCCUUAAUAUUAAGUUAAAAGCUCCUCAUGAGCACACAGAUAAAUUAUUAAUUGGUUGGUAAAAGGGUUUGACCCAAUUUUAACUAAGAUAUUUAUUUAACAGUUUUGAGUAGUUAAAAUUGUAACAUGAUAGGUAUGGAAGUUAUUUAUUUAUUUGAGCGACGAUGCGAACUUGUAACAUCGUGUCCUCGUAUUGAUAGGGGAAGAUUUCAUUUUGAAUCAACCUGUAGUAUAGACCAUACUGCAUCUUGUUAAAGGGUGGAUGUACUUUUUGUAGGACAAAAUACACAAUGUCUACAAGUUUACACCAAACUUACACAUUUUGAUGAUAAUGAU